UCUUGUUUAUCAUCCACAUGACAUCACGGUUGCGUGCUACAUCAGUGGUCACAGAGGUCUGCCGAGAGGUGUCUGUGCUGCGAGAUGUUGGCAGCAGCAGGUUUUAGUGGGAAGUUAUUAGUAAGGUGUGUGAGAACAUUACCUCCAUAUGCGGUGUCUCCUUCGUCUCUCUGUGGGGUCGCUUAUUACAGAGGAAAAAAGACCCCGGCUAACAGCGGCACUCUGAUCCCGAGCCGAGCUGCCAGCGGCGCGCAUCACGCGACAGGGAAGCUGGUGCGUAAUGGCGAGGAUAAGAAGGCAGUGAUCUGCAUUGAGGGGAACAUUGCCAGUGGGAAGACGACCUGUCUGGAAUAUUUCAGCAAAACUAGCAAUAUAGAGGUCCUAACAGAACCAGUCUCUAAAUGGAGGAAUGUCCGUGGACACAACCCUCUGGGCCUCAUGUACCAGGAUCCUGAGCGCUGGGGCCUCACACUGCAGACAUAUGUCCAGCUGUCCAUGCUGGACCGACACCUGUCAACCAUAUCAGCCCCUGUCAGGAUGAUGGAGCGCUCCAUCUUCAGUGCCAAGUACAUCUUUGUGGAGAAUCUCUACAGGAGUGGCAAAAUGCCAGAGGUGGACUUCGCUGUCCUCAGCGAGUGGUUUGAUUGGAUCACAACUAACAUUUCCAUUCCUGUGGAUCUGAUUGUGUACCUGCAGACGUCUCCUCAGACCUGCCAUGAGAGGCUGAAGCAGAGGAGCAGGGAGGAGGAGAAAGUCAUUCCACUGGAGUAUCUGGAGUCCAUCCACCAGCUGUAUGAGGAUUGGCUCAUCAAGAAAAGCUCCUCCCCUCUUCCUGCUCCUGUUCUGGUGAUUCCUGCUGACCAAGACCUCCAGGAGAUGCUGCACCAGUACAAAGAAAACCGUGACAAGAUCCUCACAGCUAGCUCUCUCUGAUACCAAAUUCACACUCUUCACUUUUUCGUAACUUGACAGCAGAUUUCUCUUCAAUGAACAACUAUAUUUCCAACUUCUGUUUAGUCAAUAGGUAUAAACAGGGGCUAUUGUUAUAUUUAGUAGCUAUUAUAACGUUUCCUCACCAACAAUGCAUAACAAUGGUAUUCUCACUUAAAGGGUGUAAAUGCUUCAGAGAAUCUUAAACUGUUAUAAUAACUCAGUUUUUUAACAAAGCACUUAAACAUUUCUUAACAGAACCUGAAAAGACUCAAACUUCAAACUGUGAGCUUGAACUGAUUCAUUUCUCAUUUGCGUGAAGAUUUCUGGUCAUUUUUUAUUUAUUGGUUUGAUGUAUAUUUCACCAAAUUGAAAUGCACUUAGAUGUUGCUGUUACCCAGAUAUGAUGUGUAAUGUGUUGGAUUGUUUACCUCAGUGAGUCCAUCACAGACUAGACAAACACCAUUCCAACUCCACAGAUAUCACAUGUGGAAAUCCACUGUACAAAUAUUUAAUUCAAGUUGGGACAGGUUCUCCAAUGUUUUUCUGUAACUCCUUUUAACUAAGGAACCUUUGCUAUUUUUUUACGAAUUUUACUAUAUUAAAACCCUCCUAUUAUCUUCGUUUCCCCCCCCUUACUUUGGUGUUCGCGGUCAAAUUUGACCGGUCCUGUUUUAACUGCUAUUACAUUAACACAAAAACCAUUAAUCAUCACC